AUGUUUGCAUUUGUAUUCAUGAUUGUACUCUUGAUCCACCCGGCGUCGACAUUUCCUGAUUCGAAAGGUGAUGUUUUGAAUAAAGUGCUUAUACGUGAGAUUGUUUCAUCGUUCAUGGAAACAGAGGAAAAUGACUGCAGAUCUUUAGCGAAGCAUGUUGCUGAUUUGAGUAAAGAAAUGAAACAGCAAAGUAUAAAAAUGGACGAUAUGGUAUCAAUUAUUACUAAACAAUCUAACGAUAUCAGAGAAUUAAAACAUAAGCUCGGUAUAAUUGAAGAGGAGAAUGAACGUUUUCGUAGGAUAUAUAAUGAGGAAAACGGAGAAGAUAACACAACCGAGCAGAAUUAUGUAACCAACAUUGAAAGUAAAAUACCUUCUCGUGAUGUCGAUGAUUUGCAAAUUAAAUCAAAAAUUGUUGAGAACAAAGACGGGGGGAAAUCGUUGAUUAGUCAAAAAAUAAGACCAAGUUCUACGAGAUUUGUAGCAUUUACGGCAUAUUUAGAUCACCCGCUUGGAGGAUUAAACCCAUGGACAACAAUUAAAUUUAAUAGAAUAAUUACUAAUCAUGGAAAUGGCUAUAAUACAUUUACUGGUAUAUUUACGGCUCCAGUUUCUGGGAUAUAUUAUAUAACAUAUACAAUUGAAUGUGAUCAUAAGAAGACAAAUGUACGCUUAAUGAUGGAGUAA